AUGGAAGACGGACCGUCAGCGCGUCAAUUACUCGGUAGUGGUCGAGAUAUGGAAGAGGAAAUGAAGCAUGUAUUACAAUUCUUGGAUACUUCUCUAAUUACACCACCUUCCGGUAAUGAUUUGGCGAUACAACAGCAGCUUCCGUCUUUACCCGAGCGACCGCCGCCACGAGAGCAGCAGCGUGAGAUAUUGGCAAUGCAAUCGAUUGGAGGCGGAACCUAUCGAGAGUUGGGUGAAGUUAUUGAUUUAUUAGGAUCACUUGAUGCCAACGACACUGAUGUAGCGUUACAACAACAACCACAAGAUGUUGACUACGGGAGGGAGGAAGAUACUCGACUAGAUUAUGAUGAUAUGCUAUCACUAAAUGCCUCUAGCUCGUCUCAAAUGACUCGUUCCACAUUUUUGAGUAGCAAUUGUAGUGGAGUGGACAGCAUUUCGCCUGUAGGACUGCUCAACGGUCCAUCCAUGUCGCCCGCUACCAUUAAUUGGCUGCAAUCGCUUGUGCCUUCUGCGAGCACUGAGAGUCUUACAGGUCUCGUAUCUCCCGCUGCACUUUACGGCGUUGGAGGAGGGUUGGCAGCAGGUGGAAUCAUAGGGUCUAGCGGUGGCGCUGGGAAUGUCCAAGCAGAUGGAGCCACUGCGACAAGAAAUGGAGGUCUACCUCGGACGCCGUCGUGUGAGAUUAUCGACUGGAAGGCGUACAAUGAGUCAUGCAUAGACAAAACGCAAAAGGAACCAGUAAAAUGGCGUGUCAUUCCUCAGCAUGGACCGCAUGCUGACCCAGCAACGUCCAGCGUUUGUCAUUCUACAAAUACUAAACUUCUACCUGGAAGUGUGAUGACAGCAGAGUUGAGCACGCAUAAGCAGUUGCAAAAGAAAAUGGCGGAAGAAAAGAACAAGCGAAAGGCGCUUGUGUCUCCAGAGUAUGUUCAGUACGGCUGCCCAGUCUCGAUGGCUGCCUCUGCAAGGUCUCAAAGUCUUACAGGUACCGGCAAAACGGAGCAUGGUUUGGUCCAGUAUGCUACAAAGGUCCCAGAACCGACAGGGCGUCGUCCAUUCAAAAAGUCCCUGCAUAAGACUUCGCCUGUUCCUGAAUCAAGCUCAAUUCAGCAGCUACACCAGCCGCAGCCAGAGCAGAGUGUUGUUACUACUUUGUCAGAGGCGUCGUCGACAGAUGGAAAAGACGAUGUGGUGCGCUGUAAAUGCACAGGCAAAUGCCGUAAUGCUCGAUGUGCGUGCGUAAAGUCAGGACUGGUGUGUGGCGCUCACUGCAAGUGUAUGGUCUGUGCAAAUCCAUUUGUACCUAUGGUGCGCGAGGGCAUUGAUAUCCAGUUGAUGGUUCGUGACAUGUGCUUGAUGCAGCACCUCUCGAAGGUCAAGGACAUGCAAGAGCUGCUGGACUCAACCGUCAGCUACGAGUGCUGUGAGGGAGGUGGUGGUGUUGUACAAGUAAAGCAUACUGUAGAAAACGGGUUCGCUUGCCCGCAUUGCGGCGCACGCUUUACAUACUCUUGGUGCAACAAUCGACUAUGUCCAGAUGCUAAGAAACCACGCCGCCAUUGCGCCAAGUGUCGCCGAUGUGGCGACCACCGCAAUCAGCAUUGCGAUCUUUGCAACCACUGCUACUUUGCUGGCGUAGCUAAUAGUUUUCGCUGCAGUUGCCGGUUCUCUGGGAGUGGCAGUAGUAAGACACGAGCGGUGGUGCCUAAUUCAGUGUGCGAAGACUCUGAUUCUACCACAAAACAUGAGAAUGGAGAAAAGCAAAUUGGUCCACAAUCGUUUAGUUCUAUCAGCCUGGACGCCGAAGGGGCUGCUUGCGAUGAUAAGGCUUCUCCUACAACAAAAUUUGGCGCUGAGGAAGCAGACGACUCGUGCAAAAUACAGUAA